GUUAUUUUCGAUCUAAACCCUUACUAUCGUGAAGCGAAAAGAAACCCUAGCUCUCUUCCGUCUCUCCGGAAUUUUUAAUUUUCAAAAUUAGCGGCAAAUUUAUUUCGGAAAUCGAUAAAUCUGUUAGGGUUUCAAUUUGAAACCAUCAGAUUCGUACCCUAAUAUAUGUUUCGUGGCAGUGAUCUCCAUUGUUGGUUUGAGAAAUCUUCGCUUCGUGAUAUAUUGAUUCAGAUCUGAAAAAUGUAUAAUGGAAUAUGAAGACCGGAGGUUUUUUGUUUUGGUUUUUAGAUUGACAAAUUGUUCAUGGAAAAUAGAAUAGGAAAAUCCAAUGGAGCGGAAAUUCCUAGGAAAUCAAGAUCAUUGGAUAUUAAGAGCCUGUAUAAAUCAGGAAUCCCAAUGGAGUCUCAGAAUAAGGAGUUGAAGAGAAAAAAUAGUUCAGAGGAUUCAGACGCGGAAAAGAGCAACAAGAGGAAAAAGAUUGGCAAAACUGUGUCCAUCAGUAGCUUAAAAAAUGUUGAUGAUUACAAAAACAGUUUAGAUGGCUUGUCUAAUGGUGUUCUGAGUUCUGGUUCACUUGAUUCAAAGGAUUCAAAGUUGGGGUUGAGUCAUAAAAAUCAUAAUAGCAGUGGGUUUAAUGGCAUUUCCUUGAGUUUAGAUGAUAGUGGUUUUCAAAUCCCGAAGCGUAAACGUGGUUUUGUUGGGCGAAGAAAGGUUGAAGUUAGUCAAGUGUUGAAGCUACAAGGACAGUCUUGUUGUAAAGUGAGUGAUGAUGCGGUGGCUAAGGCAACAGGUGGUGAUUCAGCUGCCAGGAUUGAGUCUCAGAAGGAAUUUGCUAUUCAGGCUGAGUCUCCAACAGAUUUGGGUAUUGGGGCUGAGUCUUUACAUGAUUCUGGUAUGUGUCUAGUGCAAUCAAAGGUUAAACGCAAAAAGAUUUCCGAUAAUGUAAAGGAAAAGAGGAACAGUGGGUUGAAUGCAGCUAGGCUUUCGAAGGAGGGUGUUGGGCGUGCCAAUAAUUCAGUGUUAAGCAAUGGUGAGUCUUCCUUGAAGAAGGUAAACAGAAAAAGUGAGUCAAAUUUAAAUCAAAAUUUUAAGGAGGGUGAUUGUGCUAGUCAUUCAGUUCUGAACAAUGGUGACUCUUUCAAGAACUCAAAUAAGAUUAGCAAUUCAGAUUUGACUCAGUGUUUGAAGGAGGUUGAUGGGUGCACCAGUCAGCCAGUUGUUAAUAACAGUGUCUCUUUGAAAAAGUCAAGGAAGAAUCUUGGCAAGAGAAAUGAUCCCACCCGAGAUAGAAGAAGUAUUGCAAAAGAAGAAGCAGAGCCUUUAACUGAUGCAUCUGUCAAGGUAUGUGGUGAUGUACUGGAUGAUGAAGAGAAUCUUGAGGAAAAUGCAGCUAUGAUGCUAUCAUCACGAUUCAAUCCUAGUUGUACUGGUUUUCCUUCAAAUGGAAAAUCCAUUCCUUCCACAAAUGGCCUUUCUUUUUUGUCAUCCUCUGAACAAGACUUUGCUAGUCAUGAAUCUGCAUCAUUUGAUGCUGCUGGUAGAGCAUUACGACCAAGGACACGGUACAAAGAGAGGGGGCACUCAAGGAAAAGGCGACAUUAUUAUGAAAUUUUCUCCGAAGAUUUGGAUGCAUAUUGGGUAUUGAAUCAGAGAAUCAAAGUUUUUUGGCCUUUGGACCAGUGUUGGUAUUAUGGCCUGGUCAAUGACUAUGACAAAGAAAGCAAGCUACAUCAUGUGAAAUAUGAUGAUCGGGAUGAGGAAUGGAUUAAUCUGGGAAAUGAGAGAUUUAAACUUCUGCUGCUUCCUAGCGAAGUUCCAGGUAAGGAUGCACGUAGAAGAUCCAGGAUAACAGAGAAGAGUUUAGAAGGGAGAAAAGGAAGCUUGAAGCCUAGCAAAGAGAAGGAGAAGAGAAAUAUGACUGAGAAGGAUAGUAACUGCAUGGGUAACUACAUGGACACAGAGCCCAUCAUCUCAUGGUUGGCUCGAUCUACUAAUCGGUUCAAAUCUUCUCCUUUACACGCUAUAAAGAAACAGAAAAGACGUGAUCCAUCCCCGAAUUUUGAGCCAUCAUUUUUAUCUCACGAAAUUAUGAAGCCUGAUGUUUCUUUAGAAAGUGCUUCUUUGAGAGAUAAGAAUAAAAAAUUUGCCAGUACAUCUAAAUUGCUAGACUGUUUUUUUGGUGCUAGAAAAGAUGAGGAGUCUUCCUCAGGUAGACCCACAUUCUCCAAAUAUAGCAAACUUCCCAUUGUUUAUUACAGAAGGCGGUUUCGCAAGACAGGUAGCUUGUCAUGUUCAACAUCUUCAGGCAAUCAUGUUUCUAGUUGCAGACGUUCAUCUGUUACUUUGCCUGCCCCUUCCAUUGAUGGGUUAGAGGAUUUGGAAGAGCAUUAUAUUUGUAUGAAAAUGUUGGAUGCAAAUGGAGCAUUUCGAUUCACUGGUAACACAGAGCUGUUAAAUUUAACCAUACCACCCACAGAAUCAGGUCAAGUGAGAUUUGAGAUAUGCUUCCCAGUUCUUUCACUCCUGAAAUACACAUUCGGAGCAGAUAAUUUUUGGCUGUUCCAUGCUGUUAUUUUGUUUCACUAUGGGACACUGAUGAAAAUGUGGCCAAGUGUUAAUCUGGAGAUGCUUUUUGUUGAUAAUAUAGUUGGACGGAGGUUUUUCCUGUUUGAAGGUUGCUUGAAGCAGGCUGUAGCCUUUGUGUUUCUUGUCCUGAGAGUAUUCCAUCAACCUAAUGAGCUGGGGAACUAUGCUGACCUUCAGUUACCAGUAACUUCAAUCAGAUUCAAGUUUACUUGCAUUCAAGAUCUUAGAAAGCAGUUUGUGUUUGCUUUCUACAAUUUCGCCAACGUGAAGAAUUCGUUGUGGGUGUAUCUGGAUGCUAAGCUGAAAAGACAUUGUCAGCUUACUAGGCAAUUAUCUCUAUCUGAAUGCACUUAUGAUAAUAUUAAGGUGCUUGAAAAUGGAAGUAAAUUGUUAUCCAUGAAUUCUUCUUCUGGCAGGGACAGUUCCUUAACCAAGGGCCAUGAUGCGGUGGAGCACCCUAAACAUGCUGCUACUUUGAUGAUGAAUGACUGUUCUAGUUCCAAGAACUGCUUGGACAAACAUCUGGAAACUACUCAGGAACAUGAUGUAUCAGAAAAUACUCUUGAAAAUAAUAUGAAAGGCACCUCAAGGAAUGCUGUUUCUGAUGGGUACUUGUCUGUUGUUAGACCUGAGUUACCGGUGGUCGGUCUUUCUGUCUGUGCUGAUGUACGUUGGGUAAGCUCACUGCAAAAAUAUGGAAAUGGUGAUUUGAAUGGUGCUGGAACCUCUGCCAGUUUCUGGGUUCCUGAAGAAACUGGCAGUAAGGCAAUUGACCAGUUGCAGAAAUGGCAACGCCACAAUUCAAAGUUAGAGCAUGUUUCUUUGGCAGGACCUUCAGUUGACGGUGAUAAGACAGAUGCUGGGUCUCUUUCCCGUUUGAAUGGUAUUAGGGUUGAAAUUCCCAUGUUCAACCAAUUUGAAAGGCACAUUGAUAGGGAAUUCCUUGGCGCUCAACGUUCCACUGAUUUAAGUUGGAACAUGAAUGGUGGCAUCAUUCCGAGCCCAAACCCUACUGCCCCUAGAAGUACAUGGAAUCGAAAUAGAAGUAGUUCAUCUUUUGCAUACCUCAAUCAAGGAUGGUCAGAUGGGAAGGAUGAUAUUGCCCACAAUAAUUUUGGUAACGGACCUAGGAAACCACGUACUCAGUUCUCAUACUCCUUGCCAUUCGGAGGGUUUGAUUAUGGUUCAAAGAAUAGAGUCCAUCACCAGAAAGGGCUUCCUCACACAAGAAUUAGGAGGGCAAAUGAAAAGAGAUUGUCAGAUGCUACUAGGGAUUCCCAAAAAAACUUGGAGCUAUGUUGUGAUGCGAAUUUGUUAAUUACACAUGGUGACAAAGGUUGGAGAGAAUAUGGAGCACAAAUUGCACUAGAGCUUUUUGGUCACAAUGAAUGGAAGUUAGCAGUAAAGCUUUCAGGAAUGACAAGGUAUUCGUACAAGGCUCAUCAGUUCCUGCAGCCUGGUUCAACAAAUCGUUUUACUCAUGCCAUGAUGUGGAAAGGGGGAAAGGAUUGGACAUUGGAAUUUCCUGAUAGGAGUCAGUGGUUUCUUUUUAAGGAGAUGCAUGAAGAGUGCUACAAUCGUAAUAUCCGUGCUGCUUCAGUUAAAAAUAUUCCAAUUCCCGGGGUUCGCUUGAUAGAGGAUUGUGAUGACAACGGAACUGAAGUAGCAUUUGUUCGCGGUUGUAAGUUCUUUCGGCAGGUUGAAACAGAUGUUGAGAUGGCUUUGGAUCCAUCACGUAUCUUAUAUGACAUGGACAGUGAUGAUGAGCGGUGGAUCAUGAAAAUUCGCAAUUCUUCUGAAUCUGACAUCAGUGGCUUGUUGGAAAUUUCCGACGAGCUGUUUGAGAAAACAAUGGACAGGUUUGAGAAGGCUGCUUAUUCUCAACAGCAGGAUCAGUUCACACUGGAUGAAAUAGCAGAACUUAUGGCUGGAGUUGGUUCCAUGGAAGCUAUUAAAAUCAUCUAUGAGCAUUGGAGGCAGAAGAGACAGAAGAAGGGAAUACCUUUAAUUAGACAUCUCCAGCCUACAUCAUGGGAAAGAUAUCAACAGCAAAUGAAAGAGUGGGAGGCAGCUGUGUCUAAAUCUAACAACAUCAUCCCCAAUGGAUGUCAGGGGAAGGCUGCUCCCCUGGAGAAGCCACUCAUGUUUGCUUUCUGUUUGAAACCACGGGGAUUAGAAGUGCCCAACAAAGGUUCAAAACACCGGUCCCAGAGGAAAAUCUCAGUUUCUGGCCAAAGCAAUGUAGCCAUGGGAGAUUAUGAUGGAUUUCAUAAUUUUGGAAGGAGAUUAAAUGGGUUUGCUUUUGGGGAUGAAAAGGUUGUAUAUACAGGACUCAACUAUGAGUCUUUAGAUGAUUCUCCAUUUGCUCAGACAUCACCAAGGGUAUUCUCUCCGAGAGUAUUUUCACCACAUGAUGUGGGCAGCAUCAGUUUUCUCUCCACAGGCAGUGAUGGGUUUGAUAGACAUCAAUGCCAAAAACUUAGGAGGAGGAAGUCAAAGAAAUUUGGGGCAUUUGAAUUCCUGUAUGACCCACAGAUGGUGGCUCAAUAUAACCAACGGUUUAUGGGCAAGAGAAAUGGGGUCCAUAGGUGGAAUAUGGGCUAUUCUGACUUGCCAAGCCAGCGACAUUUACAACCAGAUUCGACUCAGAGGCAUUGGCCAGGACAAUUGGAUGGUUCUGAUCUUGAUGAGUUCAGGCUGCGUGAUGCAUCUGGUGCAGCCUGGCAUGCACGUAAUAUGGCUAAACUGAAGAGAGAAAGAGCUCAGAGAUUGCUUUAUAGAGCUGAUUUAGCAAUUAGCAAGGCUGUGAAUGCCCUCAUGAUUGCUGAAGCGAUUAAAGCUUCUUUUGACGAUGGAAAUAGUGGUGGGUAGAAUGACCAAAUGAGAUAAGAUUUUGAGAGAAGAAUACUCGCCUGCCCCCUUCAACUUGCAGUUCUGCUGCCUAAGAAUCUUAUAUAGUAGGCAUUUUUUUUUGCUGGGAUGGAUCUGGUUUUUCCUUUGUCACUGGCAGGAGGGUUUGCGAGGAGAAGAAAUUUUGGCUUGCUGCCAAAUAUCGUGGCAGCUCUAAUGUGCAGUCUCAUGAUUUUCUGCCCACCAGUUGUUUUUUUAAAGCUGCAGGUUUACUCAGUUCACUGCAACUGUUAUCUAUAUCCUACAGGUGAGGGGUGAGGAAUUUUGGCUGCCAGUCUUUGUAUAGAUUUUAUUUUUUCCCUUUCUUUUUGUUGUUCCUUUGCCCCCUUAACCUCGAUGUUGGAAGUCACCGUUGGUCCAAAUAAUACAACACCCUUAUCAUAUCAACUUACAAGUUCCUAUCUGAUUGACUGCUGGAGCUUUUAUCAGAUAUGUAUCAACCAGAUUACAUAUCUGAAACAGAGCAGAGAUAAUGCUGUAAGUAAUUUCUUAUAAAUUUUCAUAUAGAUUCGUUUA